UUUAUAUAUUAAUUUUAGUAAUAUUCCUAACUAAAAGCACAUUUCAAAGAAAAAAAAAAAAAAAGGUAACAAGUCAAUAUACUAUUAAUAAAAAAUUGCUAUUAUUAUUUUGAACGAUCAACACGCACUGCCUCAAUGUGCUGCGUUACACGCAGAUCGUAUAGUAUAAAAAAAGUAACCAGAAGUUUUUUCUUUCCUAAAAAACUUACAUCACAUCUUUUGACAAUGAAUAAAUCAAAAUUUAAUAAAGUGUGGAUAUGUCGAAAAUGUAAACAAAUAAAUACUGGAAUUAAAUGGUGUCAUACAUGUAAUUCAAAUCAUUUUAAAAACAAUUUCAAAAAUUGGACAAGCGGUAAUGAUGAUAUUGAUAAAUUUUUACAAAAUAUUCAAUUAUCAGCGGACAAUAAUUUUAAGGUAUUAGAGUGGAUACCUUAUGAGAGAUUUUAUAAUAUUGAAUAUAUUGCAAGAGGAGGUUUUGGAACAGUGUAUAAAGCAAUUUGGAUUGAUGGAUAUAUACGUGAACGGGAUAAUAAAAAUCAAAAUUGGAAAAGAUCUGGUCAAUAUACGUUUGUAGCUCUGAAAAGUUUAAAUUAUUCAGAAAGUGUUAUACCAAAAAUUUUAAAUGAGGUAAGAUAUAGUCAUACAUUUACGAUAAUCAUUUAAGUAAUAUUUUUAUUUAACCAUUUUUUUUUUUAGAUUAUAUUACAUUAUAAAACGAACGAAUGUGGAUCAAAUAUUGUUCAAUUUUUUGGGAUAACUCAAGAACCAAGAACGAAAAAUUAUAUGAUGGUUUUAGAAUAUGCGAUUAAUGGGAAUUUACGAAAUUAUUUAGAUAAGAAUUAUAAUAAUUUACGUUGGAAGAAUAAGAUUUUUGAUUUAUGUAAUAUCGUAGUUG